AUGAGCAGUGAUGCCGAGAUGGCCCAGUACGGGCCGGCAGCCAUCUUUCUCCGCAAACCUGAGAAGGAAAGAGUUGAGGCUCAGAACCGGCCUUUCGAUGCCAGAACUGCCUGCUUUGUGCCCAAUGCCAAGGAGCUGUACAUCAAAGGUAUCAUACAGAACAAGGAAGGUGGCCAAGUCACCGUGAAGACUGAAGCUGAUGAGACGGUAACAGUCAAGGAGGAUGACUGCCAUCCUAUGAAUCCCCCAAAGUAUGACAAGAUUGAGGACAUGGCCAUGAUGACCCACCUCAAUGAGCCCUCUGUGCUGUUCAACCUCAAAGAUCGUUACGCAGCAUGGAUGAUUUAUACCUACUCUGGGCUCUUCUGUGUCACUGUAAACCCAUACAAGUGGCUGCCGGUGUACGACCCAAAGGUUGUGUCGGCCUACAGAGGCAAAAAGCGCAUGGAGGCCCCACCACAUAUUUUCUCUGUCUCUGAUAAUGCAUAUCAAAAUAUGCUUACAGAUCGGGAGAACCAGUCUGUCCUGAUUACUGGAGAAUCUGGUGCAGGAAAGACUGUCAACACCAAGCGUGUCAUCCAGUACUUUGCGACAAUCGCAGUGGCUGGUGGCGGUGACAAGAAAGACCACUCACCUGGAAAAAUUCAGGGGACACUGGAAGAUCAAAUCAUUUCAGCGAAUCCUUUGCUGGAGGCUUUUGGGAACGCCAAGACUGUGAGGAAUGACAACUCCUCAAGAUUUGGCAAAUUCAUCAGAAUUCACUUUGGAACAACAGGGAAACUGGCUUCUGCUGAUAUUGAAACCUACUUGCUGGAAAAGUCAAGAGUGACGUUCCAGUUGUCUGAAGAGAGGAGCUACCACAUCUUCUAUCAGAUUCAGACUGGGCACAAACCAGAGCUUAUAGAAAUGCUUCUCAUAACAACAAACCCAUACGACUUCCCCAUGAUAAGUCAGGGGCAGAUCACUGUGGCCAGCAUUGACGACAGAGAGGAGCUGGUGGCCACAGAUACAGCCACUGAUGUCUUGGGCUUCACCAAUGAAGAGAAAGUCUCCAUCUACAAGCUGACUGGCGCUGUGAUGCAUUACGGGAACAUGAAGUUCAAGCAGAAGCAGCGGGAGGAGCAGGCGGAGCCCGAUGGCACUGAGGUUGCAGACAAAGUCGCUUUCCUCAUGGGCCUGAACUCUGCUGACUUGUUGAAAGGCCUUUGCUACCCAAGAGUGAAAGUGGGGAAUGAAUAUGUCACCAAAGGUCAAACGGUCCCCCAGGUCACCAAUUCAGUUGGAGCUCUGGCCAAGUCUGUCUAUGAGAAGAUGUUCUUAUGGAUGGUCAUACGAAUCAAUGAGAUGCUGGACACAAAGCAGCCCAGACAGUUCUUCAUUGGAGUGUUGGACAUCGCUGGAUUUGAAAUAUUUGAUUUCAACAGCAUGGAGCAACUCUGCAUUAAUUUCACUAAUGAGAAGCUGCAACAGUUUUUCAACCACCACAUGUUCGUACUGGAGCAAGAAGAAUACAAAAAGGAAGGAAUAGACUGGGAGUUCAUUGACUUUGGUAUGGACCUGGCAGCCUGCAUUGAGCUCAUUGAAAAGCCAAUGGGCAUCUUCUCCAUCCUUGAAGAGGAGUGUAUGUUCCCCAAGGCUUCAGACACCUCUUUUAAGAAUAAACUCUACGACCAGCAUCUUGGAAAGACAAAUGCUUUCCAAAAGCCAAAGGUUGUGAAAGGCAAGCCAGAGGCUCACUUCACCCUGGUGCACUACGCCGGCACUGUGGACUACAACAUCAGCGGCUGGCUGGAGAAGAACAAAGACCCGCUGAACGAGUCUGUGGUGCAGCUUUACCAGAAGUCAUCAAUGAAACUACUGGGCUACUUGUAUGCCUCGUUUUCUGGUGCUGAAGCAGAAUCAGGUGGUGAUGCUGCAGGUGGAAAAGCAAAGAAAGGUGGAAAGAAGAAGGGUGGCUCCUUCCAGACAGUGUCUGCUGUUUUCAGGGAAAAUCUGGGAAAACUAAUGACAAACUUGAGGAGCACCCAUCCUCACUUUGUGCGCUGCCUGAUUCCAAAUGAGAUUAAAACACCAGGUAUCAUGGACAAUCACUUGGUCAUCCACCAGCUACGCUGUAACGGUGUGCUGGAGGGUAUCAGGAUUUGCAGGAAGGGAUUUCCCAGCAGAAUUCUUUAUGCUGACUUCAAGCAGAGGUACAGAAUCCUGAAUGCCAGUGCCAUCCCUGAGGGACAGUUCAUUGACGGAAAGAAGGCUUCCGAGAAGCUUCUUGGUUCAAUUGAUGUUGACCACACACAGUACCGAUUUGGGGCUACAAAGGUCUUCUUCAAAGCUGGUUUACUUGGCACUCUGGAGGAGUUGCGAGAUGAAAAACUAGCUUCUCUGGUGACGCAGACUCAAGCACUGUGUCGUGGUUAUCUGAUGAGAAGGGAAUUCUCCAAUCUAAUUGCACAAAGAGAUUGCGUCUGGAUUCUGCAAUAUAACUUGCGUUCAUUCAUGAAUGUGAAACACUGGCCAUGGAUGAAGCUGUUCUUUAAAAUAAAGCCACUUCUAAAGAGCGCAGAGACUGAAAAGGAGAUGGCAACCAUGAAAGAGGACUUUGUCAAAUGUAAGGAGGAUCUGGCAAAGUCAGAGACCAAGAGAAAGGAGCUUGAAGAGAAAAUGGUUUCUCUGCUGCAGGAGAAAAAUAACCUCCUCCUGCAAGUACAAUCUGACUCAGAAAAUCUAUGUGAUGCAGAGGAGAGGUGUGAAGGACUGAUCAAGAGCAAAAUCCAGCUCGAGGCCAAACUCAAAGAGGUGACCGAGAGACUGGAGGACGAAGAGGAAAUGAAUGCUGAGUUGACCGCCAAGAAGAGGAAGCUGGAAGACGAAUGCUCUGAGCUUAAAAAAGACAUUGAUGACCUGGAGAUUACCCUGGCUAAAGUGGAGAAGGAGAAACAUGCCACAGAAAACAAGGUCAAAAAUUUAAUAGAAGAGCUGGCUGGUCAGGAUGAAAACAUUGGCAAACUGACCAAGGAGAAGAAAGCUCUUCAAGAAGCUCAUCAGCAGGGGCUGGAUGAUCUUCAAGCAGAGGAAGAUAAAGUCAACUCUCUGACCAAAGCCAAGUCCAAGCUUGAGCAGCAAGUUGAUGAUCUCGAGGGUUCAUUGGAGCAAGAGAAGAAGAUCCGCAUGGACCUUGAAAGAGCCAAGAGGAAGCUGGAGGGAGAUCUGAAGCUCACACAGGAAUCCCUGAUGGAUCUGGAAAAUGACAAGCAGCAAUCUGAGGAAAGAAUUAAGAAAAAAGAAUUUGAAAACAACCAGCUGCUCAGCAACAUUGCAGACGAGCAAGCAAUUAAUAAUCAGCUCCAAAAGAAGAUGAAGGAACUCCAAGCCCGUAUUGAAGAACUGGAGGAAGAGGUCGAGGCCGAACGAGCGGUUCGGGCCAAGAUUGAGAAGCAGAGGUCUGACCUCACCAGGGAGAUCGAGGAGAUCAGCGAGAGGCUGGAGGAGGCCGGAGGAGCCACUGCUGUGCAGAUAGAGAUGAAUAAGAAGCGCGAAGCUGAGUUCCUCAAACUGCGACGUGACCUGGAGGAAUCCACGCUGCACCAUGAGGCCACGACCGCCGCCCUGCGCAAGAAGCAGGCGGACAGCAUGGCCGAGCUGGGAGAGCAGAUCGACAACCUCCAGAGAAUCAAACAGAAACUGGAGAAGGAGAAGAGUGAAAUGAAGAUGGAGAUUGAUGAUAUGGCCAGUAAUAUGGAAGCAGUUGCAAAAGCUAAGGUCAACCUGGAGAAGAUGUGUCGCUCACUUGAAGAUCAGCUAAUGGAGCUAAAGACCAAGAAUGAUGAAAACAUGCGACAUAUUUCUGAUCUCACCAAUCAGAGGGCCCGUUUUCAAACUGAGAAUGCUGAGUUUUCACGACAAAUGGAAGAGAGAGAGAGUCUCAUUUCCCAACUGACGCGAGGAAAACAGGGAUUCACGACACAGAUUGACGAGCUAAAGAGGCUGAUUGAGGAAGAAACAAAGGCUAAGAAUGCCCUGGCUCAUAGUUUGCAGUCAGCUCGUCAUGACUGCGAUCUCCUUCGUGAGCAGUACGAGGAGGAGCAGGAGGCCAAAGCUGAGCUGCAGCGGAGUUUGUCAAAGGCGAACACUGAGGUGGCUCUGUGGAGGAACAAAUAUGAGACUGACGCCAUCCAACGCACUGAGGAGCUCGAGGAGGCAAAGAAAAAGCUUGCCCAGCGCCUCCAAGAGGCUGAAGAACAAAUCGAAGCAGUGAAUUCAAAGUGCGCCUCACUGGAGAAAACUAAACAGCGACUUCAGAACGAAAUGGAGGAUCUCAUGGUGGAUGUGGAAAGGUCUAACAACUUAGCUGCUACCCUUGACAAGAAGCAGAGAAACUUUGACAAGAUUCUAGCCGAGUGGAAGCAGAAGUAUGAGGAGGCUCAGGCAGAGCUUGAAGGCGCUCAGAAAGAAUCUCGAUCCCUGAGCACUGAACUCUUCAAACUGAAGAACUCGUAUGAAGAAGCUCUUGAUCAUCUGGAGACAAUGAAAAGGGAAAAUAAAAACCUGCAACAGGAGAUCUCAGACCUGACAGAGCAACUUGGAGAGACUGGGAAGACGAUUCACGAGCUGGAGAAAUUCAAGAAGCAGGUGGAGACAGAGAAAUAUGACAUGCAGACUGCGCUGGAAGAAGCUGAGGCCUCUCUGGAACAAGAGGAGUCUAAGAUCCUGCGUGUACAAAUGGAUCUAAACCAGAUGAAGGCAGAAGUUGACAGAAAAAGGCCAGGAAUGCUGAGGAAAAGGCCAAGAAAGCCAUUACUGAUGUAA